AAAAGCAUCUGUGCCACAAUCUGGAUCGUGCCCUCGUUAUGACAGGGUGGAAACAGCCACUAUGCAGUCUACUCAGAGGCUGGUGACCUUCGAGGAGGUGGCCGUGCAUUUCUCCAAGGCCGAAUGGGCCCUGCUGGAUCCGGGCCAAAGAGCCCUGUACAGGGAAGUCAUGCUGGAGAAUUAUGGGAUGGCGGCCUUUCUGAGAACUCUUAAACCUGACCUGAUCUCCUGGUUAGAAGAAGAAGAUCUAUUUAUCAACCAUCUGAAAGAAGGGGAGAGGUCACCAGGCAGUGGGAAAGCAUCGGUGUCACGUUCAGGAUCAUGCCCUCUUUGGGGCACAGAGGAAACAGCAACUAUGCAGGUGUCUCAGGGAUUUGUGGCCUUUGAGGAGAUUGCCGUCUAUUUCACCGAGAGCGAAUGGGCCCUGCUGGACCCAACCCAAAGAGCCCUGUACAAGGAGGUCAUGCUGGAGAAUUAUGGGAUCGUGGCCUCUCUGGGGGUUCCCAAACCAGAACUGAUCUCCAGGUUGGAAGAAGAGGAAGAUCCGUUUGUCCACAGUGCUGAGGAGAAGGAGAGAUCAUCUAGUGAAGUGAGGGAAAGAGAAGAACAGCCAAGAAGGAAAACUGAAGGAAGGUGGAAGCAGCAGAAGAAAUCCAUUGCUUCUGAUGGAGUCGACUUCCCUUCAGCCUCAAUCCAAGAAGGUUGCAAAGGCAAGAAAAGGAGAGUAUUGCACCUGCGUUCCAAAAAUGUAAUAACUAAAAUGAUCUACAGUCUUCGUAAGAAAACACAGGAAGGGGAUAAACGGUUAGAGCAUUCAAAAAACUUACAUCAGAGUAAAACUCAUUUUUCCUGCCAGAGAAUCCACUCAGGAGAGAAACCGUAUAAAUGCUGUGUGUGUGGAAAGGGGUUCAGUCGGAAUAAUUCCCUUACUUUGCAUAGCAGAUUACACACAAAAGAGAUUCAGUGCUCUGAGUGUGGGAAAAGCUUUAGUAGCAGCUCAUAUCUUGUUUCGCAUGAAAAAAUCCAUACAGGAGUGAAACCCUAUAAAUGUUCAGUGUGUGGAAAGAGCUUCAGUCAGAGCAAUAAACUUGUUUCCCAUCAAAGGAUCCACACAGGGGAGAAACCCUAUAAAUGCUCAGUGUGUGAAAAGAGCUUUAGUCGUCAUGAUAUCCUUACUGUACAUAACAGGACCCACACAGGGGAGAAACCCUAUAAAUGCUCAGUGUGUGGAAAGGACUUUAGUCAGAGUGACAGUCUUACUUCCCAUCAAAGAAUCCACUUGAGUGAGAAACCAUAUAAAUGCUCUGACUGCGGAAAGGGCUUCGGGCACCAUAGAAGUCUUACUUCCCAUCAAAGAAUCCACAUGGGAGAGAAACCAUAUAAAUGCUCAGUGUGUGGAAAGAGCUUUGGUAACAUCUCAGGCCUUUCUUCCCAUCAAAGGAUCCACACAGGGGAGAAACCAUAUAAAUGCUCCAAGUGUGGAAAGAAGUUCAGUCGGAAUAAUUCCCUUACUUUGCAUAGCAGAUUACACACAAAAGAGAUUCAGUGCUCUGAGUGUGGGAAAAGCUUUAGUAGCAGCUCAUAUCUUGUUUCUCAUGAAAAAAUCCAUACAGGGGAGAAACCCUAUAAAUGUUCAGUGUGUGGAAAGAGCUUUAGUCAGAGCAAUAAACUUGUUUCCCAUCAAAGGAUCCACACAGGGGAGAAACCCUAUAAAUGCUCAGUGUGUGGAAAGAGCUUCAGUCGUCAUGAUAUCCUUACUGUACAUAACAGGAUCCACACAGGGGAGAAACCCUAUACAUGCUCAGUGUGUGGAAUGAGCUUCAGUCGUCAUGAUACCCUUACUGUACAUAACAGAAUCCACACAGUGGAGAAACCCCAUACAUGGUCUGAGUGUGGGAAGAGCUUCAGUUCCAGCUCGUACCUUGCUUCCCAUGAAAGAAUCCAUACAGGGGAAAAACCAUUCAAAUGCUCAGAGUGUGGAAAGAGCUUCAAGUAUAGCACACGCCUUAUUUCUCAUGAAACAGUCCACACCGGGGUGAAACCCUAUAAAUGCUCAGUGUGUGGAAAGGGCUUCAGUCGACAGCAUUCUCUUGCUCUCCAUAACAGAAACCACACAGGGGAGAAACCCUAUAAAUGCUCAGUAUGUGGAAAGAGCUUUAAUCGACGUGAUGCCCUUACUCUGCAUCACAGAAUUCACACUGGAGAGGAACCAUACAAAUGUAAUGAGUGUGGAAAGACCUUCAAGACACGCCCAAACCUUAUUUCCCAUCAAAGAUUCCACACUGGGGAAAAACCGUUUAAAUGUUUUGAAUGUGGAAAGAGCUUCAAAAAAAGUUCAGAGCUCUCUUCCCAUCUGCACAUCCACACAAGGGGAAAGCUCUGAAUGCACACCAGGAGAAAUGUUAUUACUAUUUUCAGUGUGCUGUUUGAUUUCUUUAUACCUUUUACAAAAUCCAAGCAUAUGGCUUAUCUUUGAUAUGUUUAGAGAGUUGUUAUAAUAGUCUAGCAAUACAUUUGUUCAAAGGCUAAGCGUCUAUGCACGUCCUUAUCUUUAACCCAGAGAAGUCUAUAUAGCACAUUGGCUUUUAGACAAAAAGAAAGAUUAAAAUACCAAGGAAAAGAACAUCAUUCCUGAUUUAGAAGAACAACGAACAUGAAUUUUAAAAGCAUAAAUUAAAAUAGCAGUGUCAUGAAAUGAGGCAGGGCAGAAACAUCUGGGGGAGAUUGCUGUAGUAGCAUUGCGCAAGAAUAUUGUAUAUCGAGGAGUUAGUUGGUGUAUCAGAUCUUGCCCUGUUCAUGCCAGGGCCUGAAUAUGAUUUCUUGCUUGUGUAUGCCUUGCUAAGCUGUACUGUUUUCUGCUGACGUAAGCUCUGGCAUUGCUGGUGUUUUGAGUACAAGGAUACAUCGAUUCCCAAAGAGGUCAAGCAAACUGGCCGCAAGGAUGCUAAAUUAACACACCUGACAGAAAGGGAGGCAAGAAAUCAUUUCUUGAACUGGCGCCAGCACCUCCUUUAUCGGCGUUGGCCUGGGACACAGAGAGCAUGUUUUGGUCUUCAACCUUCCCUGUGUGACAAUCUAUCAAUUUGUCUUUAAUCAUCCCUCUUUUGAGGAGGAUUAAUGUAUGGGUGGCAUAUAUAAUUUUAAUCUAUAUAAGUCUUAGUAAAUUCUCAAACUGAACUCCAGCACAGUCGGACCCACAAAGUACAGUGCAAAAUUGGCCAAAGAGGGGUCUGCCCACUGUUGGAAGUGGAGUUCCCAACAGCUGGAGUUGGCACUGUAAUCAUCAGGUGGUGCCUUUCCUCUGUUCUGCUAUGCUAUUGAGCUGAAAUGAUGUAUGUUUCCCCUGUUAUUUCUUUGUAUGUAUGCUCCGUUUGGGUUUUGCAUUUAUGUCUCUCUUGUAUUUUACUUGCUUUGUUUAAUAAAUUGCUUUCCUUCCACACCUGUAUGCUUAUUACUGUCAAAUCCUAAAGAACCUCUUGCUGCUUGGCAAGACAAUUGCAUUUGGCAGAUAUGGCAACUGAGGACCAGAUGGCUACUCUUGACACAACCCAGUCUGGAAACACCUCCAUCUCUUUGAUUUGGUAACAC